UGGCCAAAUGCAUGAGAGAGAUAGAGAACCUAGCCUUGCCAAGCUGUCCGCCAGAUUGGCCAGCCGCACACGUGGCAACUUUCCGCUAAAACUCCCUCCAAAACCUCCUCUAGCCAAAUACAGCCAGCUCUCCUACAAUAUAGCCAGCGACAAUAUAUCUCUCUCAAUGUGCCAGCGCUCUUGCUCUUAGGGUUCUUCGUGAAUUCCAAUCGCCUGCAUUCCACGAAUCCUUCCUCUAGGCGCUGGAAUUCUCGACGUGCUCCAGAUUUCGUGGAUUGCCGGCGCGGUCUUGUGCAUGGAUCACUCAGCCCUAGCUAGAAUCCGGAAUUCGACGAGAAUGGAGCAGCGGGAUAGCAAAUUCUCGCCAAGAGCUCGUCUUUGUUGAAUCGAUUCAAUCGCUGAAAAGCUUUCUCUGGCCUCUUCUUUCUUUCUCCUCUCUAGAAUCCUUCCUUGAAUCUUUUCCUUCUCCUCUUUGUUAGUUCUUUCCAUUGAGCGCCAUGGCUGCAAUGACCGAAAGCGAAUUGUCGAUGCUAAGCAGCCAGUACGCGCUGGAGCCGCUCACAUUUUUAGACAACAAUCACUCCAUGAUCGAAUUGGACGAUCUCGUCUUCCUGGAGAACGAUCUCGACAACGAUCUUGACGGCAUUGCGGGCACAAAUUUCCAAGGCACCGACAUCCUGGGCGCGUUGCCACAGCAUUACAAUGGCGCCCACAUCCAAGACGAGAGUAAGCAGGCAAUCUCCUCCUCAUCGCCCACCCGGAAGCCUUCCUUCUCUGCCGUCUCCGAGGAGCUCAAUUCGCUCUCGCUGGACCAGCUGAUUGCGGCGACGCCGCUCUCCAACAAGAGGAUCUCCUCGUCGCCGCUGGCCUCGCCCAAGAAGCAGCAUCAGAUUGGCAAGGAAUUGCCUCCGGUGGUGGUGGUGGAUUCCAAGGAUGGCAUCCUCAGGAACAGUGGAAGUGGCAAAGCCGGCCUCUACGACUCGCCAUUGGGGGGCUCUCUCGUCUAUGGGGGAAUUGGCGGCCAUGGCGGCGACGUUUCCAGGCGGCCUUAUGUGAUGCAAAGGAGCUAUAGCAGCCACGCUCUUGGACAACUUCCCAGCAUUUCCUCAGCGACGCCAGGCGCAGCGACUAAUGGAACUUCCGCUUUGGAUUCGACCAUGCAAGGCCUCCACGCUUGCUCGGGCUCCAUUGUUCCAUCUCUUUCGCAGCUCCUCGAAGUCAAGGAAGGGGAUGGAAUUGACAUCGAUGUGAUGAGGAGGAGCCCCAGCUCCGGCUGCUUCUCGCCUUGCAGUAACAGCAUGAGGAGAGUUUGCAGCACCGGUGACAUCCAGAGAAUGAACACCUCCUUGCAAUCUGAAGGCCAGGACGAAUGCGGUUUUAAAAUUGGACGAUACAGUCUCGCCGAGCGCAAGGAGCGGAUUCACAGAUACCGCCAGAAGCGAUCCGAGCGGAACUUUAACAAGAAAAUCAAGUAUGCGUGCCGAAAGACGCUUGCGGACAGCCGCCCUCGUGUCCGCGGCCGGUUUGCCAAAAACGAAGACGUGGUUGAUUCAUCCGUCGCGUCGUCGGGGGCAUCGGGCUCAGCCAGGACAAGUAAGAUGAGAGCUGGCGGCGAAUAUGAAGAUGAGGUUGAUGCUCUUCUGGAAGAUGAUGAGGGCCUGCUGAUUGAUCGGCAGUCGUCUGGAGAGCUUUCGGAGUGCUGGGGAUUGGUAGGAGGACGAGGAGGAGGAAUCGGAAUCGCGAGGUAAAUCUUCUUCGCCGCCACCUCUUCCAUCACGGCCAGGUGAAAAGCAGAGGAAAAAAAAAAACUCUUGGAAGAAAACUUCUUUCGUUCCUUGGCGCGAUUUCCUUUUCCCCGUAAUUCAUGUUUCAUGAUGCUGGCGGAAAAGGAAAAACAAGGAAAGAAAAACUGGAAGAUCUCGCGUCCGUACGGAAGAUCUCCAGGCUCGGUUUCUCUGUACAGCCAAGUUCUAGAAAACAUGAAGAAUUCGAAGAUCUUUGGA